AUGCCGCUCGAAGCCGAGCCGCAAAAAUCCAUCCCGAGCUACGUCAAGUUCGUCACCGGCGGGCUGGCAGGCAUGGGCGCAACGGCCGUAGUUCAGCCUCUCGAUCUCGUCAAGAAUCGCAUGCAGCUCUCCGGUCAGACUGGGCAGAAGGAAUUCCGCUCGUCUUUCCACGCGAUCAGCUCCAUCCUGAAGAACGAGGGCGUGCUGGCGUUGUACAACGGGUUGUCGGCUGGACUGUUGAGACAGAUCACCUACGGCGCCACACGCCUCGGCGUCUACUCCUACCUUUUCGAGAAGGUUUCCGGACCCUCCGGCACGAACCUCAGCUUCCCCACGAAAGCCUCGAUCGCGAUGACGGCCGGGGCUAUCGGCGCCUUUGUCGGCACCCCCUCCGAGUUGGCCCUGAUACGGAUGACGAGCGACGGCCGACUUCCGCCCGACCAGCGCCGCAACUAUCGAAAUGUGGUGGAUGCUCUCGUGCGUGUAGCCAAGGAUGAGGGGCCGACAGCGAUGUGGAGGGGCUGCGUCCCGACGAUGUUGCGCGCUACCGUGAUCGCCGUCUCGCAGCUGGCCACCUACUCGCAGGCCAAGCAGAUGCUGCUCGACUCGGCGACGCUCAAGGACGGUCUCUUCUGCCAUUUUGUCGCCUCCAUGUGCUCCGGAUUGUGCGCGACCAUUGCCUCGAUGCCGGUAGACAUGGCGAAGACGAGGAUGCAGUCAAUGCGGAUGAUCAACGGCGUGCCAGAGUACAAGAGCGCUGUCGACGUAUGGGGAAAGGUGGUCCGCAACGAGGGAGUCCUGGCGCUGUGGAAGGGCUUCACCCCCUACUACUUCCGGCUUGGCCCCCACACCGUGCUCCUCUUCAUUUUUGUCGAGCAGCUGAACGCAAAUUUUUCGAGAUAUUACCUUGGGGCCGAGGCGAAGCGCACGAUC